AUGGAUGGAUUACACCUUCCAGAAAUCGGUCAAUUUGGUGAGGACAGGGGAAGGUGUUUAGGUAGAAUGGAUAAAAAUAUCACGCAACACGAGGGGCUGGCAUUGACUGGCAGGAGGCAGACGAACUCUGGGGAGAAACGUCGGUCUAUCAAUGCAAGUAAAUCAACAAAAAAGAAGCGAACAAAUAAUGAUAACCGAGAACGCAAAACAACCUCAAACAAAGCCUCAAAUACAGGCAAAAGUGUACAACCAAAGACUCAAAAUACGCGUAACUCGAAUAUCGGAUUACCUAAAAUUACUACAAACAAUGAGGAAGAUACAGUUAAAUCUAACGAAAACAGCGGGGCAAAGAAAGCGAGACGAACAAAACCUGGUAAAGGAGACACCAUAUCUUACGUGUACUCGAAAUCAUUGCGGGAUGAAAAUACCAUGGCGUUUUUACGAAACAGCGUUGAUUUCGAGAAAGAUUUUAAUACGAGCUGUAGGGACAAGAGGUCAAGCUCUGAUCAUAAAAAGCCAUACGGGCUACCAGCAUUGAAGCUGAGUGAGGGGGCUGACGAGAGGGAACAGUUUCUUAACAGAGAGUUGGAUUUUAGUGACUGUUCCGAAACUGAAAGUUUGUUGAACGCUUGGGAAGCAAUUGAUGAUGAAGAUUCGAGUAACGGUACGACGUCCACCUAUCACUCGGCGGAUUGUUCGACAGGGAACGAUGACUAG